ACUCGUACAACACCUCAAAGCCGUGAUAAACGGCACAAAAGAUAACGCAAUGUCCGAGUUGUAUAUUCCAAUGUGAUACCGAUGUGACAAGUGUCUGCUGAUCAACCAAACUAGAGAAAAUGAAGAGAAACGUGCCCAUUGCGCGACAAGAAUCACUUGUUGUACCGGACGUUCAGAACCCGUUUGUGCACCGGUUGCAUUUCGGAAUCUUGGACAAAAUUCAGAUUGUGAUUAUGUCAGUGACGGUUGCCCCACUCCGACUUCUGAUGUCAGGAAUGUGUUUGGUUCUAGCAUGGCCAUUAGCAGCACUGUCACUCGCAUUUCGAACAGAAGAAGAAAAACGUAAACCUUUGACAGGAUGGCGCAAGGCUUUCAGUGGACUUCUCCUGUGGCUUGGGAGGUGUGUAAUCUUUAUAGCAGGAUUUCACAAAAUCAAGUUCAGAGGGAAACCUGCUAGUGCCCAGGACGCACCUGUCCUUUGUGCUGCACCCCACUCAACAUUUUUUGAUACCAUUGUAUGUUUUCUGGGGCAAGAACUAAAAAGUCCUGUUGCAAAGAUAGAAAGCAGCUCACUACCCUUUUUGGGAACAUUAAUUCAGUUCACACAGCCUGUAUUUGUGCGACGAGAGGAUCCCAACUCUCGCGCUGUUACCAUCCAGCAGAUACGGGAGAGGGGACAGUCCGGGGGAGCAUGGCCUCAAGUCCUUAUCUUUCCUGAGGGCACCUGCACCAACAGGUCUUGUCUCAUCACAUUUAAACCAGGUGCAUUUUACCCUGGGGUCCCAGUUCAGCCUGUAUGUUUACGCUACUUCAACAAACUGGAUACAUUUACAUGGACAUGGGAUGGUCCAAAAGCAUUUGCUUGUCUAUGGUAUACCUUCUGUCAGUUUAACAACCAGGUAGAAAUAGAGUUCCUCCCUGUAUAUAAUCCCAGUGAAGAAGAAAAGAAUGAUGCCCGCCUCUUUGCCCACAAUGUUCGAGCUGUCAUGGCCAAACAUCUCAAUUGUCCUGUAACAGACCACACAUAUGACGAUUGUCGUUUGAUGGUUAGAGCAGCUAGACUGAAAUUGCCUAUGGAGGCUGGAUUAGUAGAAUUUCAGAAACUUCAUCAGAAACUAGGAGUUAAUUCUAAGCAGAUGCAGGGAUAUUUAGAGAAGUUUUGCAAAAUAGCAAAAUCCGGUCAGAUCAACUUGGAGGAAUUUGCCAGCUAUUUACACCUGCCCAAGUCCCAAGCUUUAGAGGAAGUAUUUGCUUUGUAUGACCGGGAUAAUUCUGGCACAAUAGAUUUCAGGGAGUAUGUGAUAGGUUUAUCAUUGGUGUCUGGACCGGCAAACUCAAAUGACACAGUACAGUUUGCAUUCCAGUUAUUUGACACAGAAAAUCAGGGCCACAUCAGCAGAGAGGGGUUCACGCAGAUCCUGUGUAAUGCCUUUAAGAUGAACACACAGGAUGUGCAGGUGCUGUUUGACAAAGUGGACUGUGACAAUGAUGACAAGAUUUCAUUUGAUGAAUUCAAAGCCUAUGCAGAAGAAAAACCUGAGUAUGCAAAAUUGUUCAAGACAUAUCAUGAGCUGGUACAAGGCAACGGACAUGUGGAGAACAAUGGGACGCCACCUAAGGCAAAGUUUGAUUGAUGGGUAUACCCUUCCCCCUCCAUGUGUUCGUGAGUCUAUCGACUGUUGGAGUGAUUCUACUAACUCCAUACUCCAGCGGAAUCAACAAAUCUGCUUAUACAUGUUUUUAUCUAAUCAGCAAUACACCUUUUUAAGUUUGACCCAAGAUCUGCAUGCUUCACUUGAUGAUAUUUUGUUUGCAAUUUGUCCACACACCUCUCUCUGCCUAUCACCUGUUGCCUUGAACAGGAUAUACAUUGUGGACCAGAUCAUACACGGGAAUCAUGAGCAACAAAAUGGUUUGAGCCCAGAUGUUAAAUCGCAGAAAUGAAUUAGUUUCAUCAAUCUUAAAAGCCAUUUGGAAACUCAUGAUUUUCACAGCCAUCGUCAAGAAGACGACAUGUUUGUAGAGCUGAAACUUUAAAAAUCAUGAGUUACCAGUCAUUCCGUAAGAUCUGGACACAAUGCAAGGGACAUUAACAGCAUGAUAGCUGAGAAGGGUGGUAGCGAUGGUCACAAUUGUAGGUGGCUGUGGGUCUAUUCCAGAGGAAAGUGAGUGACCCUGAUGGGGGCCGUCCUGGCUAUAUGACGGUCUGGCCUUACACCAGACCUGAUACAACAUUCCUUCCUCUGGAAUGGCUACAGGCAGAAGGGCAGAGAUGGAUGUGGUCUCUUUGUAACGUUUUGUUUAUACACAGCGAUAGCGUCACAAUAUCAAACACGAGACUCUAGCAGGGGUCUUAUGCUAGUCAGGGCACUGAUUGUCUCGGCUGCAAUAUCUUUUAUCAGUGGUAGUGGUCAACAUGAAAUUGAAAGGAGACAUUUUUUGUCAUGGAAUGGUGAAUUUAUAUCACAAAGAUUUAUAAUCAGGUAUUUGGCAACUCAUAAUUGUAGUUAUGGGUGCAUAGAGAUCAAAAGAUCAGAUGACUUUAUUUAUGAACUUCUUAUGUAAACAGCAUUAUAUUAAAGAUUUAGGUCUGAGAUACUGUACAAUACUGCUCACAGAUUACAGGAGUUUUGGUGUUGAAUGUUUGUUGAAUGUAUUCAAUGUUCAUUUUAUUUUUGUAAGUGGAGUAUAAUUAUUGCUUUUAAUAAUUGUUCUGCCUUAAAUUACAAAUGUAUGGUGGAUUUAUUCAACAAUUUUGAAGGUAAAUAAUUCUGAAAAACAGUGCUUUUGUUUGUUUUGGGGAUUUUUUUACAUUUCGUUAAUUGGUUAUAUUUGUGCCAUAUUUUACUUUUGUUUGAAUAUUCUUUGUGUUUUUCAUUUUUUAUUUUUUCAUUUACAUGGUUGGGUUGAAUGUGUAAUGUUUAAAAUUAUUUGGGUCAAAGAUAAGAGGGGUGUAUAUCACAGCUGAAAUUGUAAGAUAAUGAUCAAAGUAAUCAAAUAUACUGGAAAUUUGGAAUUCUGUGUAGACAAAACAAGCAUUAGGGGUAAUUUAUAAAUUUGCUGGUAUGCUUUCUACAGUAGCUCUAGUUUAUGAUUGUGAAACCUAACCUAGUAAGCACAGGACACUACCUCUCCCAUCUUACUCCUGAUAUUCAUGUACCAAGUGCUUGGCUGGUUUCUACAAAUUUCCAGCAGGAAGUGAAGUAAGUAAUAAUCAGUGUCCAGAAUUAAGGAGGUCCUUAAGGUUGGCUUCUAUAGUACCUGAAUCUGAAUCUCCCCUUCGAUCGCCAACAUUCAACCCUAGUGUUAUGACAAGGACCCUUUGACUUUAAUCCUCAAUUUAGAACACUGAUAAUGAUCUGAGACAUUAUUUCUUGGUAGGUAUACAUAUCCUUGGAGGCAAUUCUACAGGGAAGCAUUGUUAAUCUUAUUAACCAACCUUUCACAUUUUUUUUUUAAUAAGGAUACAGGAUAAUAGUCAUUUAGCCAUGCCAAUACUUUGUCUAAGAAAAAUAUACAGGUAUCAGAUCCUUCUAAACUUAUUAUGACUAACGAAAGAUUUGUAGUUUUCUGUCCCCAUGUACAACUAUGUACAAAAUGUAGGUUUCAGUUCUAGCUGCACAUGUUGAACCACUUGAAGCUAGUGUGUGAUACUUUGUCCACUUGCAUUUUUUUUCAAUUGCUUUUUUGCUUCAGCUGCUUUGCUUUGUUUAUUGUUUACAUAUAUGUAUGCAGUACUGAUGGAUCUAGUAGUUUUUAUUUUCUUUCUUAUUUAGAAACAAAACGGAAUGUAUGAACACCAUUUUCAAUCUCUUGGUGCCCAACAACCCCCGACUAUUUUGGUUUUUUGAUUUUGUUGUACCUAAAUCAUCAUUCCAAUUUCAUGUGUAUUUCAUGGUAUUUUUGGCCUAAAAGCUGUAUCUCACACAGGGCAGGUUCUCGAUUGAAGGUGGUAUUUAUUCCUUAGACUCUAGUCAGACCUUAUACAAGGUCCAGUCACUCACCACGCACAACUGUAUUUCACUGUUGAGUGGCACUAACAUAUUUUUUCAUUAAAAGAAUUGAUGUUAAUGAUUAUUUCAAAACAUACUGGGUCCUGUUUCACAAAGUCAUCACAGUGCUAAGACGAUCGUAACUCCCAUACUUUAACAUAGACUUACGACCGUUGUAGCACAACAUACACUUUGUGGAAUGGGGUCCUGGUAAAUAUUACAAAUGGCUUUAUAUUAGUUUACUACCAAUUUCUACUCAGAUGUUUGCGUUCGGAUGGAACUCAACACAAAGUCAUUACAAGCACCCCUCCACCACUGCUUUAUCACCCAAUGGUAAACAGUAGAUUGACUCUCAGAUCAGAUCUUUCUGAAGCUCUCUUGUGUUGGGUUCUUACCCUGUAGUUUCAUCAAUGCAACAGCUAAAUACUCUGCAUGUCAUGCGUUUAUUAUAUUCCUUUGCUCAGUUCUUAGUUCUUUACUUAUGCCAUAACAAAAUAGUCCCUGAAUACUCAAAUAGGUUUUCACACAGUCAAAAUGCCAUGUAUGUAGAAUUUGUAGUGGCUGGCAACUGAAAAACUUCAGGUAUUCUCUCCCCUUUAUUUCAGGAGAUUGAUUCAACAAUAUCCGAUGCUACUCAAGACAGUUAACCUGAGCUCAAAUACAUUUUACCCAGUGGUGUGUACUACUGUUAAAAAAACUGUAAGCUUACAACAUUAUCAGUAUAGGGUGUGUAUAUUAAUACAGGUGUGUUAGUAAAAAAUACUGCAAAGGAAAGAUCUACAUAUUUAUUAAGACUGUGUGGGUGUUAGUUUACAGAGAGAUGCAUUCGAUUCUACCCCUGCCUUCUACAGGAAAAUGUCUUGAGAACCUGAACGGUUUGCAUAAUAUGUGCUCAAUAAUAAUGCAAAUGUUGCACAUUUAUCUUUCAAAGUAGCAAAUGGUGUUUACAAUUCAUCAGGAUAUUACUUUCCCAGUUUAGUGCCAUCAGGAUAAAGUAUUUUGAAACAGACUUCAAAAGGUACAUAUUUUUUGUUUUUUUCCAAAGAUGUGUACAUUGUUUGUUAUUUUAAAAUAUCGCUCAUGUUGUAUAAUUUUUUUCAGAGAUAAAUACUACUAAAUCAGUAAUGACCAUUCUAAAAAGCUGGUCUGUUUUACUAGUUAUGUUGCACAGGUGGCUGGCCCUAGAACUGUUGAUUGUAUCAGCAGGCAACGUUUGAUAAUAUUUAUUUUUAUUUCUUUAUUUUGUUCACUGCACUGAAAUGUGUGUGUAUGGAUUUAUCAGCUCACCUGGUACAAAGUCCAAGUGUGCUCGUUAUGGAGAGUCGUUCGUCAAAAAAGUUUACACUUUCAACAUUCCUUUGUACCAUUGGUAAUACGCUGCUCAACCUUACACUGGAUAUCCCACCAAUGGUUUCAUCAAGAUGCGCUCAAAAAUUUGAUCUGAUUUCAGUAUCUUUGACAGUUGAAUUCAAAUCUGAAACCCUUUUCAUCUUUUUAGGUGUACGUUUUUAAUUUGACAUAUUUCUUGAGCAUCACUAAAGAGUGCUUUCAAUCUGUGUUCAACAUAAUCAUCCAUCAACAAAAAAGGAAAUACUUGAUGUUGGAUUUUGUUUGUUUUUUUCCCUUUAUUGCAAAAAAAGUUGAAAUAUGGUGACAUAUAUGCAGAAUGAAUUGUUAUAAUUGCCGAGGAAAAUUCCCCUAGUCCUUGUGAUCCCACACCCCAAUCUCCUUUAUAUAUGUGGUAUAGUUUAUGUUAAGUUGUACCUUUUUUCUACCCUUGCUUGAAGUUUGUCAAUGUAAAUGGUGUUCAUUUCAUCUAACAUUAACCGUUGAGCUACAGAGCCUUGUGGCUCUAUUUUUUUAUGAUAUACUUUUUUAUGUGAUAUAUGAUUGUUGAUACAGCUCUUUUCCAUGAUAUAUUUUCAUGUGAGAUUCAAAAAGGUUCUAUAAAUGUUAACAUUUUUUAUGAGAAUGUAACCAGGCAGAUAGUUGUUUAGUUGAUGCUAAGCAAGUUAGCUAAGUCACAUUUAGAAAUCCUGUGUACAGGACAAAGAGCAUUUAGUAGGUAGUGCACUAGGUCAGGACAUUGUACAUUAUGCCAACUGAUAUUUUACUUCAAAAUGUAAUAGUUGAUUUUUGAAAAACAUGUGUUUAGUCUUUGGCUGACAAUUUUUAAACAGUAUGUUUUCUUCAAUAUCUAAAGGUUCUUUGAAAAUAUUUGCAUAACAAAUAGUCCAAUGGUUGAAUCAUUGAUAUUUAUUAGAAUUUUUAAUACCCUUUCACAUGUUCUUUAAAGCAUGUGUUUGUUCUGUGAGUAUUCAUACAAAAACAAUACUUUUCAUAAGAUAGAUGACAAAUUAUCUUUUAAUACUUCUUUGGUAGUUUCUGUCACAGACAUUUCUAUUUAGAUAUUUUGACUAUUUUCUGUACAUUUGUAUGUUAUCAUUCCUUAACAAUGGAGAUGCAAAUGCCAAUACUAUUUUUCUAUCUCAGAGUGUCAACUUUCAUUUUAGUACACAGAUAUGGCUUUGUGAAAGGUCUUAUGGAUUGUCUCAAACAUUCUCAUUCAACUGCUUUAUUAAGAAAUAAUAAGAAAGCUCCUGUCUUCUACUCAGUUUUAGUUUGAAAGUCCUACAUAAACAUUUCAUGGCAAAUUGUAAGAAUUGCAGAGAAUGGAACUACUUAUUCUGAUGAUCAAAUGACUGUUCACUGUUUUGUCACCUUGAUACUGGUAGAUGAAAACAACCAUAGAUUAGCGAUACCAAUGCAGCAUAAUAAGUGAACUCUAUAGUUGGUGUACACACAUUCAAACCAAUCGUAAAGGUUCUGUGCAACACAUUGGUACCGGAAUUAUGCAUUAUCAACAAUAUUUUUCAAGGAAUUCAACUUGUAAUAUUGUCCUUUACGAGACAGAGUUUACUGGGAAAGAGACAUGAAACUAGAAAACAUACUUUUCAAAAACAUGAUCAAAUAAAUUUGCAUGCAAAAUGAGAUUAAUGAAACCUUUCAACUACCCAUACACUAAAUUAGAGAAACUAUUUCUGGCUGUUGACUGUGAUCUUUUGCGACAGUUCCUUUUGGUAGCCAUGUGAACCAUUUGUCCUGUAGGUGUGACACACUACAUCAGCGGUCUAGAUUGUCAUUGUAGAGCUGUAUACUCAUCGUGUGAUUUGUUGGUACUUGCUGACAGUUGGCAAGGGUCACAUUUCGAAAGUGGCUAUGUGCUCUUGGAACACUAGCUGUGGUACUGCACUCUGUCUCUGAUUUGUUUAAACGAAAUACCCGAGAGCAACCAGCUUUGGAUAUGUGCUUAAACUGCAGCAAACUCAUGGUUCUUGAAUUAUUCAUGAAGGUUCCUGACAGGUUCCAGAAGGCUGCGAUUCCAAACUUAAAUGAGUAUGUGUGAUGCUCUUGGAAAAAGCUGCUUUUAUGAAGGAAAAAUGGGAAUUUAACUGACAUCAACAGCUUUUUACAUGAAUAUACUUCUCUUGACAUAAACCUCAAGAAUAGACAUGUAUAGCCAGUGUACUUUGUAUUUUUGUCUCAUCUAAGUCAAAAGGUGUCAUGAUUUCAUUACUUAAAAUGUAAAUAAACAGGCGAAGCAUUAUUUUUAUUAGCAUUUGAAGAUGUAUUUACCAGUAAAAUAUUUUUCUCUCUAAGAUACUUGUAGGCUCAAAUGAUAGUUGUUAUUUAUGUUGUUAUCUACUACUUAAGGCUAUAUGGUAUUAUCCUGUUUUGAUGCAUUUAACUACUCUAACCAAGUAUAUGUUAUAUAUCUUAUUCAUCAUUGUCUUACUUACAUUCUGUCAAUGAAUUUAUAAUAUAUAUAAAUUAAAUUAAAUAUAUAUUACCAAUCUUUUUCAUUGCUUCUACAGUGGUUGCGACAGGUAACAAUGUUAACAAACUCUGUUGUAGUGUAUUGGGUACAAAAUGAUUAUACAGAAUGAAGAUGACUGUUUCAUCAAGACAGCUGUUCCUUGUGAUAGAUUGGGUAGAUUGGAUUGAUAGAAAAGCUUGAAAAAGUGUGUCAAUGGAAGAAACCUGAAAUUAGUUACUUAUUUGUUGCCAGGUUUUGUAUGUGUGACUUGUCAUGACUGUCAUGCCAUUUGAACUGCAUGACUGAAUGAUGGGUACAGUUGUUUGUCUGUGUGAACUGAUGGCAUUCCAUUAUAUAAGACACUGUAUUAUGUGGAUAUCUUUGGGGCUUCGCAAUGCUUAGAGUGAUAGAGAUAUCUGGUUUUUAUUAUCAUAUUAGAUCUAAGAAAUUUCAUGCUAAAUAUCUUUCAUAAAAGGUUUACACAACAUUUUCUUUAAAAAUAUGAAGAUUCAACAUGUACUCUUUGAAUCUCUUCUUUGAGGAAGAAAGCAUUUUUUCAUUAUACACAAUCCUUGUGUAUAUGAAGCCCGGGAUUCCAGGGAAUUUGCUGGUGAUUGUGAUUGUAACAAUACUCUCUGAUACAAUAUAGUUGGUUGGUUGCUUUGUUGUUUAACGCCGCACUCAGCAAUAUUCCAGCUAUAUGACGGCGGUCUGUAAACAAUCGAGUCUGGACCAGACAAUCCAGUUAUUAAUAUCAUGAGCAUCGAUCCACGCAAUUGGGAUCGAUGACGUGCAUCAACCAAGUCAGCGAGCCUGACCACCCGAUCCUGUUAGUCGCCUUUUAAAUACAAUAAAGUGAUAUACUAGGAUAUCAAGAUAACAAAGCAGGGUAUGAAACACGAAAACACAAAACUUACUGACUUUAUUUAUUUAUUUAUUUAACUCCUCAAAAACAUUUGUCCUCCCUUUGAGAAAUUUUAUAUUUAGAGUUAUUCUUUGUCCCAUGUGUCUACAGAUGAAUCUUGUGAAGUAGUAAACAAACCAAAAAACAGAUCAAUAGAUCUUUGUUUGACCCUGACUAUGUCCUUUAUUUAUCAUCAUUUAAAAAUGGGCAACUAGAAAUGUGUUAGUUGAAAAAAAAUGUAAGAAGAACAUCCGUGAGUCUUUUUAUGUAGGCAGUUUUAUAAAUUAACUACAGUAGAAAGGAAAUAAUACAAUCGCCCUGUUCCUGGAUGUGACAGCUAAAUUGACUAUUGUAUUUCAGGGACUGCAUAUGUACCUCCCUGACAAUGAUUGGUAUCAGCAAUCUUUCCUCAUCCAGACUAAAAGUGAAAACAACUCAUUAAUAGAAUAGCAUUUUGGAAAAUGGUGUGAACUAGAAAAAUAAUUUCAAAUAUGAUGGCCACCAUUUGUUGUUUUACCAAAUUUAUUUAUUUUUCUGAUGAAUAAAUCAUUGAAGUUGUUUUUAAUCAGGUACAAUUAUUAUGUAUCUUUUCCUCAUGUUGUAAUUUAACUUUGUUGCUGUGUAUAAGUCUGAUAUUUGACGUGUAGUAUGUGAUCAGAAAGUUGGAAACACCGAUGUCGGGAGAAAUAGAUACGGUACCUUCAGCUCAGUCCCUUGAUUUGCCACUUCGACUGUGUAUCUUUUUAUAUGAUACAAUACCUCAUACGAGUACCAUGACGUAAAGUAUGAACAUCCAUUCACUCCUUUCGUUGUUUCAGAAAUUUAUUUAUCUACUAUGUGUCCUAUGCAGAAGUGGUGAAACUAUACAGACAUUGUAUUGAGGGACAGGUGGACAGAUAGCAGUCUCAUUAAAAUCAGAUCGUUUACAAUGAUGAGAUACCUUCAUGGAGGGUCAUCUUAGGUGAACACUAAGCUAACUUUGAAUGUCCAAUCUAAAUGAAGAAUGUAUGGGUUCUUCAGC